AUGUUAAGCUCAGUAAAAUCAUUUCUUUGGAAGAGCGAUAUGAAUUACGAUGAAAGUGAUGACAUAAUGUCUAGAGGAACUACACAAAAUUCUGUUGUACUUUCAGGGUCACCUGACUCUAAUCAAAACAAUUCUUCUACUGGUUAUAACGUUGGUUAUGAUCCUAAGAUUGUUGCUUCUACAGCUAAUCCAUAUUAUUCUAACCAACAAAAUAUUCCAUAUCAAAAUAGCACAAAUGCUCACUAUACAACUAAUAGUGCAACUGCACCAUUAUCAACACAAUUAACUACUUUAGCUGCGCCACAGUUCAGAAAAUCUAAAAAUGCUUAUUGUUCAACAUAUUUUAGUCGUUUAAAAGAAGGUGAUACUGCUUUGUUGGUUCCGAUACAAACAAGAGGUGGUAAAAAACGACAAAGAGGUGUGAAUGGUGUUGGUGCAGGAGGUACGGGUAUUGGUGGUACUGGAGGUGGAUUGUCAUCAUCAUUAGGUGCAAAUUCUAUGCUGUUGGCAAUGGUUCAAAUGGUAAUGGCGAUGUUCCUGUCUCUAAAAGAAUUAGGAGCAGAACUAAACAUAUUUACAAAAGUAGAACGUAACGCUGAUCAAAGAGAUGUUUUGAUACCUAUAAGAUUAGAUGUUGAUCUUGAUAAUUAUAGAUUGCGUGAUUCUUUUACUUGGAAUCUUAAUG